CAAGAACCUCGGCGGCUCAAAGGGGGCGAGGGCGGAUCCUGGUGCCACGGACCUGGCGCGAGCCGGGGGUGCGGCGGCAUGGGCGACCCGACCGUGUUGAGGGAGAGCUCUCUAGAGGAGCUGCCCGGGCCGCCCGAGGAGGCGGCGCUGCCGGCGGCGCUGCCCGGGGACCCCGCGCCGGCCCGGGGAGGCGGGGCGCCCCCCCCCGAGAAGAAGAAGCCGCUGCCGGUGGCGCUGCCGCCGCUGGAGGAGGUGGCGUUGCCGCCUGCCCGAGGUGACGAGCCGAGGCCGCCGCCCGGGCCGCCACCGCCGGCGGAGGAGUGCCCGAGGGGCGGCGGGCCCGUGAGCCCGAGAGUCAGGGAGGAGCCUGGCGGGCCGGGGGAGGCCCGGGGCGGGCCCGAGGAGCGCCAGGGGCGGGCCCGAGAGCGCGACGGGCCCGCGCCGGCCGAGGGCGCGGUCGAGGGUGCGGCCGAGGCCAUGGCCGAGGCCGUAGCAGGGCGGCUCCGCGAGGUCGUGCGGCGGGCGGUGCAGGAGCAGGUGGCGGAGCUGCGAGCCGCGCUGCCGGCGGCACUGGCCCAAGCCCUGGCGGCGGCGAGCCUGGAGAUGCCGUCGCGUUCGCCGUCGGGCCCACGCGCCGACACGCCCUCGGAGCAGCAGUCGAUGGUGGAGGUGGUGCCGCAGCGGUCGGGCCCCCGCAUCGACUCGCCCAGUGACGAGGGUGGCCUCUGGGCUCAGAUGGCCUCCCCCAGGGAUGCCCCCCGGGUCCUCCGGCAGAAGUCCGCUCCCCUCGUGGGCAAGGCCAAGAGCUUGGGGCUCAUGUCGUCCUGCUCCGGCUCCUCGGGCUCGACCCUCGCCAUGGCGACGUCGGUUGGGGGGCUGAAGUGCCAGCUGGCCGACCAGCUCCUCCGGUACCACCGGCUGCUCCCAGAGGAGGACGCCCCGACUUCGCCGCACCGCUUGCUCUUCGGCAGGCAGCACACCAACACGUCCAUCAGCUCGCAGCGCGGCGACCCCUUCAGCGGCGUCAUGGCGGACGGCGACGGCAACGGAAUGCUAGCGUCGGGCCAGGGGGACAACCCUUGCAGCAGCCAGAGCCAGAGCUUGAGGACGCUGGUCACCACCGUGGGCUCUCGGUUGUCGGACCUCAACCCCCUCUCCGAGGCGAACCAGAAUCAGGUGGAGGAGCUGCGCCACAGGCGCGUCUCGGAGCUGACAAGCCAGUUCGGCAGCGCCGGCUCCGACCCCUCGGUUGCGGCCAGGGUUCCCGCCCUCGAGCUCCUGUGGGUGUUCGGGGUUCUGCCGCCGCCAGGCCGGCACUCGGUGCGCCUCCGUCGGCGGUCGGCGGCCUCGCUCUACCAGGCGCUCGUCUGCGUGCUGGCGACGCUCGCGUGCUUCGAGAUGGUGGCCGCGUCGCUCAGGAUGGAUGCCAGCAGGGGCCUGCGGCAAUUCGAGCAUGGAGUGCAGACGGGGCUCCUCUCAGACAUGGCGCUGGCAGCGGGGAGCUUGAUCGGUCUCUUGAUGGUGGGGGCGCCGUUCGGAAGCAAGUCGCUGCGGGAGUGCAUCCAACUUCUCCUAUCAAUAUCAGCGGCCGACGGGACGCAGUUGAAGCUCGGGAAACGAAUGCGCCGUGAGCUGGUGGGGCUCGUGCUGAUCUGGGUUGCGGCUACGGCAUGGAGGAUACUCGAGUCUGCGCGAUCCUCCCAUGAAAUCUUCUCUUGGAAGGUGCUGGGCGUUUUGUCGUUUGCCCUUGUCAGCGGAGUUUUGCUUAGCCUCGCGCUGACCAUGAUUUGUGUUUGCCACGCGCUCGCUAUCAUGAUAGACAAUUUUUGCGUUCAUGUCAGUGAGAGCCAAUCCUGUCGUAGACAGAUCAUGAUUGCUGCGCAGGAGUGGAACGUACUGCAGGCCGUGCUUCGCAAAGCGUCGAGAUCGAUCGAGUACUGCUUUUUCACCCUGCAGACGGCGUCAUGGUUCGCAGUGCUAUUUGGCUAUAUCGAUGUCACGUACGGCUCGGAUUCGCUUGUGGUGCCUGGCGGGCUGGUGCUGCUUGGCCUCAGCAGGAUAUUCUACUGUGCCGCAGCGAUCACAGACAAGUGUGCCCAAGUGCCGUCCUUGGUUAACUCGCUGUAUUCUGGGCAUGAUGUGGACAGUCAGCGGCAGUACGUUGUACAGUACAUCAUGCAAAGUGGCGCUGGCUUCUACGUUCUGGGAGUCCGAAUGGACUCAGCAGUGACAUUGAAGCUAGCAUACGUCGGUGGCAUAAUCAGCCUGGGCCUCAUGCACAGGGUCCUUGAAGCUUCUCCUUGAUCUUCCAGCCGCAGAGUCUGGCAUCCGCCAUCGGACUGUGACUUGAAGAGCCUCCCCCUCAUCAUCCUCUCUCUCUCUCUCUCUCUCUCCUUCCCUACCCUCUGCGCACACGGCCUCGCGAUAGCCUUGCCUCCUGGUCGCCGCUCCCUCGUCUCCACCUCGCCCGUGGAGCUGCGCUUUUCCCCGCGCACCCGCGCCUCGAAAUGAAGAGGCUGCCCAAGAGGCUCUAUGGCCUCCCCCGCGCAGAACGGCGCGCGCACAUCGGGCAUGCGGGCCCCGAGGAGUUGUUGAAUCGUUUCGCUCAUUCCGCCGGCCCAUAUUGCGCGCCGUUGUCGACUGACCGAGUGGUCUUUCGCGGUGCGGAGCUGUAGGGGCGGCGGCUGUUUUUAUCAGGCAUUGCGUUCGGCAUGUGAGGCUUCUGGGUGGCCGCUGGGGGAGUCUCGAACGCGUCGCGGGCCGUCUGGAAGCGUUUUGCCUACGGGGGCUUCCGGAACCCGCCACAUGUCAUGUGUGCACAAUCACACGAGUAGCCUGGACACUCGCGCGAGUUGCGUACGAUGUGGGAAGAAUGCCCGUCGCCCCGCUGCGCGCACCGGCGAUCACAGUCGCGAGGUGGUUGUUUUUGGUAUUACAUAAUAUCUGUGCAGGUAAGCGGUGUCAUCGAGCAUUGCCCUGGCUCCACAGAUUCUUAGAAGGUCCCUGUCUGAUGGACUUCAAGCGGUCGAAGUUUCCCGGCUUUUUUGCUUGGGGCGGACGAAACAGGGGAAUCGGCUGAUUCGCCAACCCCCCCUUUGUUAUCGCCCCGUUUCGUCCAUCCCGAUUGCUGCGCCCUUCUGUUUAGUUAUCCACAAGUGCCCUGGCUCACCGUUUCAAGUUUCAGCGCGAGGCCGUGGAUAGAUGUACUAUUUGUCCACCCGCCUUUUCUCGCUCUCUCCUUUCCCGUUCGUGCCAACUGGACCCCGCCUCCACAGCUGCUCGUUAUGUGACCGUGUGUUUGCUGUUUCCCUGUCGCCUCUCCGGCCUUUCUGAGAUGCAUUGUCGUUGAUACGCUCGGGUGUCA